AUGGCGGCUAUCUUACAAAUAUUAGGAGAAGUGACGCACAAAGACAAACUCCGCGAGGUCGACUCUGGUUCACCCAUACGCUUUUCGAGUUCGUCGGCGAGUCCUGUACCACUGUCUUCAGGGCAGAAUGAUGACCUACAAGGAAUGAGCCGAUCUUCAAGGGCAAUAGUACAUGGAUCUUGUUUAGUGAAAGGUGCCCCAUCUUGCGACAAAGCGAAGGCUAAAUUUGACGAACUCGGGAGGUACUUUCCGAGUGAUUUGCCGUAUAUCAUCACAUACGAGAAUGGAUCUCUGGAAGCCAUAUGUCAGGAAUGUAGUCGCAGAUUAAAAAUCGAGGGUUCUGCACUUGGUGGUAUUAUAAAACACGCGACCGGCACUCCACAUGGUUUCAACGUCAAACAAAGACUAGAUUCAAACAAUUUGGAGGAGACAUUAACCUCCAAAGUUAUGACUCGAAGGAAGGCUAUGGAAAUUCAAUCUGAGCCAAAUCCCUUUAGAGAAGUCCCAACCCGGCGGAGAUAUGAGAACAUAGAGCCAUGGGAAUUUUCGUCUAUUGAAGUUGAUCCUGCUAGACCUGUCGAUCAUUCUGAACCUGAGCCAAGAAAAUCGAAACGUCAAAAAGUAGCAGCUGCGUUCCUCGCUGAAACCGAUACAAGUGAUCUUCAAGUCAGUACAGGCUUGAAGAAUCCUGUAGAACCUAUUGUCGCAGAUAUAUCUGAAAGACUUACGGACAUAAAUCACCAAUUCGAUCAAAAAAUAAAGAAACAACGAGAUCAGACAUUGCUUUUCAAUGCGGACCUAAUCGGGCUGAGAAAUUUCCAUGGCAAGAGGCUAGACACCCUAGAACAAAUUUCGGAGAAGCAAAAACACGAACUCAAAGUAUGCAAUGAAAAUUUCAGGGAAUCGAAAGCACAAACUGAUGCCUCUUUACAAAAAGACAAGAUCAGCUUGGCGAAUAUUGAGAGUGAACUUGAGGAGCAAAAAGGAUGCAUCAACAAUACAAUCAACCUUGUGUCGGAUACGAAAUGUAAAGUGGAUGGUCAGAAGAAAGUCAUGGAUAAUCUGGCUGACCUCUUUCCCGAUUUGAAGAGCGAGCUGAAGGAGCAGAAGCAAUUCGUCAACAGUCUGGCUUCAAAGUUGGAAAGUGGCCUAAAGGGACAAAAGGAAACCACCACGAAUUUGGCUGAGUUGAUGGACAAUAGGCUGACUGGACAAAAGCGAAAGGUUGACCACCUGAUGACACAAUUGAAGAACUUGGGUGACAGCAGAGAAUCCGAAGACUUAUUACGGUUGCACACCGAGAACGAGCUCCAAACCCACCAGAAGCAGAUUGAGAAAGUGGAGAAUUCUAUUGAAGAAAUCAACAAAGGAUUGGAUCGAGUUGUUGGCCGUACUGUAGAAAAGUGCAACAGAUUGGAGGAGAUGGUUAAGGAAGUCGACAAGAGGCACUCAUCUCAACGCGACUCAUUCUUAGAAGCGCUUGAAACAAAGAUAUCCUGUACUUCUCAAGCCUCCAUUGAUCGAAUUAUAGACUUUCUAGCUGUGGAGCCCCAGUUGCAGCGUUGCAAACAAUACGCCGAGCUCCUUGAAAAGCAAGCAGUCGAUUUUCGACCCUAUAUGGGCCGGAUUGUUCUAUUGGAAGAUAAAAUUUCUGAUUUCAGGACCUUCAAAGACAAACUUGACAGUUUGGAAACGUGUACCCGUGGCUUUCAAAAGUGGUUGGAUGAAAUGGCUUGUGAGUCAGCAGAGUACCGGUUGCAACAAGACCAUUUAAGCACUGGGUUUCUUGAGAGACAAGCGCUAGAAUCUCAGAAUUUCAUGGAGCGAAUUGUGAACUUGGAAAAGAAUACAACAGAUAUAACGCGUCUAGUGGAAGAAAACAAAGUGUCUGGAGAACCUAUGCGAAAAUUUAUGUUAAAUUUUCGGUCUACAUCCGAUCAAAUCACCCAGUUGAGAAAAGAAGUCCAGAGUUAUGACAGCAAGCUCGGGGCGGUAUCUAUGGCUUUAGACAAUCGCCAGUUACAACAAUUGAAAGAGCAUACAGAGCUCAUCGAAGAGAAAAUGUCCCACACUCAAACAGAUUUCAAUAAUAUGGUCACAAAAUUUAUGGCAGAGUUGUCAGAUUUCGCUGUUCAAGCAGCCAGAUCUGAGAUGAUUGAGAAAAUCGGAUCAAGGGAUCAUCAAAUUGAUGAUCUGGUACAAUCUAUCAGACCGAUAAUGCUUCGUCUAGCAGGCUUGGAGAGCACUGAGAAGCAGUCUGAUGAAAUGGUAAUGGUGCGUCUGGCAGCUCUGGAGAAGAAUGAGAAACAGUCUGAUAACAUGACGAUGAUACGGCUGGCAGCGUUAGAGGAAAAGAACGAGAGGCACGUUUCUAGGAUCUUGGAGUUAGAGCGAGGAAAUGAGAGCUUGCAAAGAGAAGUAAUGAAGUUACAGCAGCCUGUUGUGGAGUAA